AUGCAAGUAUCGCGCACAGUCUACCGCGCCGCUCUCCUCCACUUAUCCGUUAACCCCUUCGUGCGCGCCUCAAUUCCAGCGGUCACUACUACCUGGACGUCCCUCAACCCGGCAAACCAAGCCCCAAACACCCGGCUCUACAGCAUCCUCUUCCCGCAGUGCACAACCACCUUCAAAGCAUCAGACUGCACGCGCCAAACACGCACAAUGUAUGACUCAAGCUCGAACUCCGACUCCGCAGCCGCUGCAUCCUCAGACCCCGCAACCCAAAACGCAGACACCCAAAACCAAGAGACCCAAGAACAAGAAUCCCAACCCCAAAAGAACCUCUACCUCCCCGCCAGCGACCCCUCAAAUCCUAUUGCGAACCAACAAGGCGAUGGGAGCAUCAAACUCGACAUGAGCGGAGGCGGGACGCAAGUGAAAUUGGAUCAUCUAGGUCCGAUGGUUGUCAAUGUGGAUGGGACGUUGUCGCAGAUUGGGAACUGGCAGCAGAUGACCGAGAUUGAGAAGAAUAAUACUCUGCGCGUUCUUGGGAAGCGGAACCAGAAGCGGUUGGAGGCUUUGAGGGCUAAGGAGAAGGCGGACGGAGCGUCGGGUGAGGCUUGA